AAGCUGCAGUGCUGGCUGCGAGCAGAGCGGAUCUGCACGGAGAGCGCGAGCGGAGCGGGGAGCGGACCGUGCACUGUCCUAGAGCUCCUCUCGGCACACAGGGGCGCGGGUACUGACCGCAGGGCCCUCGGGCCGGCCCGGGCUCGGGGCUCCGGGCUCGGGACCAUGGCGCUGCGCGCCCGGGCACUCUACGAUUUCAGGUCCGAGAACCCCGGGGAGAUUUCGCUGCGGGAGCACGAGGUGUUGAGCCUGUGCAGCGAGCAGGACAUCGAGGGCUGGCUCGAAGGGAUCAACAGCCGCGGCGAUCGCGGCCUCUUCCCAGCCUCGUACGUGCAGGUGAUCCGAGCACCCGAGCCCGGCCCUCCGGCCGACGGCGGCCCCGGAGUCCCGGCCCGCUACGCCAACGUGCCGCCCGGUGGCUUUGAACCUCUGCCCGCCGCGCCAUCCGCCGCCUUCCAGCCGCUGCUGCAGUCGCAGGCGCCGCCGGGGUCCUUCCAGCCGUCGAGCGCCGGCUUCCCGUACGGCGGGGGCGCCCUGCAGCCGUCGCCGCAGCAGCUGUACGGCGGCGGCUACCAGGCCAGCCAAGGCAGCGACGAUGACUGGGACGACGAGUGGGACGAUAGCUCCACGGUGGCCGACGAGCCGGGCGCGCUGGGCAGCGGCGCGUACCCCGAUCUCGACGGCUCGUCCUCGGCUGGCGGCGGCGCGGCUGGUCGCUACCGCCUGUCCACACGCUCCGACCUGUCGCUGGGCUCCCGCGGCGGCCCGGCGCCUCCGCAGCAUCAAGCGUCUGGAGCCAAGAGCUCGGCCACGGUGAGCCGCAACCUCAAUCGCUUCUCCACCUUCGUCAAGUCGGGCGGGGAGGCCUUCGUGCUGGGCGAGGCAUCGGGCUUCGUGAAGGAUGGGGACAAGCUGUGCGUGGUGCUGGGGCCCUACGGCCCCGAGUGGCAGGAGAACCCGUACCCUUUUCAGUGCACCAUCGACGACCCCACCAAGCAGACCAAGUUUAAGGGCAUGAAGAGCUACAUCUCUUACAAGCUGGUGCCCACUCACACCCAGGUGCCAGUGCACAGGCGCUAUAAGCACUUCGACUGGCUGUAUGCGCGCCUGGCCGAGAAGUUCCCGGUCAUCUCGGUGCCCCACCUGCCUGAGAAGCAGGCCACUGGGCGCUUUGAGGAGGACUUCAUCUCCAAGCGCAGGAAGGGCCUGAUCUGGUGGAUGAAUCACAUGGCCAGCCACCCGGUGCUGGCACAGUGCGACGUCUUCCAGCAUUUCCUGACCUGCCCCAGCAGCACGGACGAGAAGGCCUGGAAACAGGGUAAGCGAAAGGCUGAGAAGGAUGAGAUGGUGGGAGCCAACUUUUUCCUCACUCUGAGCACACCCCCUGCCGCCGCCCUGGACCUGCAGGAGGUGGAGAGCAAGAUCGAUGGCUUCAAGUGCUUCACCAAGAAGAUGGACGACAGCGCCUUGCAGCUCAACCACACUGCCAAUGAGUUUGCGCGCAAGCAGGUGACUGGCUUCAAGAAGGAGUAUCAGAAGGUGGGCCAGUCCUUCCGAGGCCUCAGCCAAGCCUUUGAGCUGGACCAGCAGGCCUUCUCGGUGGGUCUGAACCAGGCCAUCGCCUUCACCGGGGAUGCCUACGACGCCAUCGGCGAACUCUUCGCUGAGCAGCCCAGGCAGGACCUGGACCCUGUCAUGGACCUGUUAGCACUGUAUCAGGGGCACCUGGCCAACUUCCCAGACAUCAUCCAUGUUCAGAAAGGAGCUCUUACCAAAGUAAAGGAGAGUAGGCGACACGUGGAAGAAGGGAAGAUGGAGGUCCAGAAAGCUGACGGCAUUCAAGACCGCUGUAACACUAUUUCUUUCGCCACGUUGGCCGAGAUCCAUCACUUCCAUCAAAUUCGAGUGAGAGACUUUAAAUCACAGAUGCAGCAUUUUUUACAACAACAAAUAAUAUUUUUCCAAAAAGUGACCCAGAAGUUGGAAGAAGCUCUUCACAAAUACGACAGCGUCUAAUGGCUGGACAUGGGGCUGUGCACUUGUUUUCAGUCCAAGGAUAGUUCCUACAGCCGAGUAAAAACUGCUUUCAAAGAGCUAUUGCCAACUAUAGGUGGUGGUCCAAGGAUGGUUUUGUGUUCACCUGAAACCCGGCUGGAUAUCUAAUUAUGUAGGAAAGAAACAGUUAAUAUGGUUAUGUAGCAGAAACAGUACCACACUUUGUAACUAAAUUAUACUAUGUAUGCCUACACUACCAUUGUAACUUUUGGAUAAUGAUUAUACUAUUUGCCUUAUUGCUUUUUGAAGUAUGGGUAUAUUAGUGUAUACUUUGUAGACCUCAGAACCCAUGAAGAGUCUCAAAGAAGCUGGCUGGAUAAAAGCCUGCUUGUGGAUGCCUUUUUAUUCUCAUAGAUCGAGAUGACCUUCAUUCAACCUAUUCUCUGUUUACAAACUCCAACUAGAGCAGCUACGCGACUUUGUGCCUUUAGACUGGUUGUUUUCAUUUCUGUCCCACCCCUGUCCACGCCCCCACUUUUCUGAUGGGAAGAGUGAAAGGCGGGUGCAUUGGUGACAAACUGAUGAACCUCAUGUUUCUUGGGGCGGGUGGGAGAAUCAGUGGCCAUCAGUGCCCAGACAGUUAAGAUGCUGGCGGUUACAGAGGAGUGAGAUGCGAUGUUGUCUUUGAAUGGGGAAAAGGCCGUCGGAGGAUGGCCUCGUGACUCAAGGGUCCUGCAGACCGGGCGUAAGGACUUCAGCAAAUGCGCUUAGUGCGUGGAGGAGGAGGAGUCCAACCAGUGGGGGGACAGUAUAGAAAGAGCAAGUGAGAGACAGCAUACUCGCUCUUAGUUCUUGGGAGGCUUCCUUCUGUCUUCUUCUGUUCUUAGCUUGAAAUUUUCUUUCAAUGUUCAGCUUUUUGUUCUGUUUCUAAACGGAUCUACACUGUUAACUGAAUGAGACGCCACUGUGAUUCACUCGUUUACUUAAUCAGAAAAUUUCAGGGAUGUCUGUAAAUUUCAGUGUUCUACACAGUGAGAACUGUUGGUUGACUUAAGGAGGGACCAGAAACAAUUUCUACUAUUCCAGUACUGAAGAAAAAACAAUACUGAUUUAUACUGUGUUUUUAAAAACUGAAUAUUGAUAAAUCCCCCCCAGAACAUUUAACCUUAAAAAUUAUUUUGAGUAUAGUCUUUUAUUAUUAUAAGGGAACUACAAAUGACUUAUAAAUACCAAAAAAAGCAAAAACAACAACAAAAGGUUUCAAAAGCAGCUUCUUUUAAAAAGCACAAAUCUCCAUGUUCUUUGUGGUUGUUGAGUUAAGUGAUGUGGUUCUUGAGUUUGCAGAUGUCAAAGCUGUCACUGAAGGUUGAAGUGCCUGCAUCUGCUGUCCUGUGAACUACACUUCCGCCACCCCAGAAACCCUGGUACUGAAAUGGUGACAUGGGAGGCCAGAGGCCAGUUUCAAAGGGGGUGAGCCAGAGUUACAUGAAAGGGUCAGCUCGCAGAAAGGCCCAAAAGGAAAGGCUCCUGGGAUAGUUACUCAACAGCGCAUUUACGCUCCUCAAAGUAGUCAUAUGGGUUGGAUUUUUAAGAAGAGAUUAUGAUAAUUUUGAUCUCUGGUCAAAUUCUUAUACUUCAGAACUUAGAGCCAGACUUGGCAUCAUGUUGCGUUGUCUUUACUACAGACACGUGGGACUGUCGCCAGAAGCUGUGCUCCCUUAAAAAGCGACUUCCUAGUGUUGAUUGCAAAGUCCAGUUAGAUAAGGAAAGCCCAUAUAUAUUUAAAAAUUAAUUUUAUUGCAGAAAUUUGGAGGUUAUAAUGAUAGCGUUUAAUUUAAGUCUGCGUUGGUAUUGAACAAGCAAGCUCUGCUUUCCAGUUGUUUUGAAAGUCACAUUUAUUUGCCUUUUUGUUUUGACGGUGGUUUGAUUUUUUUUUUUUUUGAGUAAAAUUACUAAACUUGUGCAAUAAUAACAAGGAAAUUACCUGAGGUAUCUUGUAUGAUUGUGCUUUAGCCAGGGUGGACAUAACUUAAAUUAUAAAAACUAAAGAUUAAAAUACAAAGAAAUAUAACUUCAUGCUGCCGCCUUCUAAGAGAACCUUUGUCCUUCCUAACCACAUAGCUUAAUGCCACUGAUUCACGGGACUUUCAGUGAAUUCUGUGGGUUAAAGCAGCAGAGUUCCUAGCGUCCAUUAUGUCCAAGAUCCUUAUUCUCUUAACGUUCUUGGUCCUAUUGAAACAUUUCAGUAUCUAAAAAUACUGCGAUGUUUAUACCCAAGAGAAAAGCCAUUGUGUGUAUGCUGGUCACCAUGACCAGUGUGGUACCAUUUUUUUUUUUGUCGUUGUUUUGUUUUGUUGUUUUUGUUUUUUAAAUAAACUAUCAUGCCCUUCGA